AGACAAUCAUUCUACGUAAAGCGAUUCUCCCCGAUAAACAAUAUACAGCAAUGUGAAGAAAUAAUUAAUUCAAGUGAUAAUUGACAGUUUCGUAUUAUUAUGAUUUGAAAAUAAAGUGUGUUUAUUGUGCUCAGAAGAAACUAUAAAUCUCAAAGUCUAUUGGAUCUAGUUGAGAACUCAACACAAAGUGAAAGAUGUCCAGAUAUUAUUAUUUUAUUUCAUUGUGCAUUAUAUUGGCAUGUGCAGUAUCUAUAACUGCAGAAGAUGACAAAAAUAUAGAGGCGGAAGAUGACCGCGAAGCCCGAUGCUUCCAGUUUACUUGGCUAGGUCCCAGAUGGAAUAACAACAGUGUGUUUCUGAACGCUACGUGCCAGGAUGCGACAAGGCUGUCUGAGGGGGUGCCUUGCACCGAACCGCUCGUUGUCUCCUAUGACGGAUCAUGGCCGGACGUGCAUUAUAUUUGGAGGAACCACAGGGGAAAUGCUUCUUGCGUUCUAGCCAAUAAUGACGUUUGUGUACAGUACACUCAUUAUUUCGAUGGAGUCGUUGAUAAUUCGACGUACAUGUGUACAAGAGCUGUGGAUAGCAACGGGCAAGCAAUAUCAAGAGGCUGUUACGAACAAAGAAACGGCAGUUUUGUCACCCGAGCUUAAAGUUAACUAAAAUAUAGCUCUAAAAUGUAUUCUGUGUUAACAAGAGGAAACGCAAUACUUACGUACACGCUAAGUGUAUUAGCAUGUCUAACCUUUCUGUGCUUUUUAUCCACAUUAACCGUGGAUUAUAGGACUGCUGCACAAAUGAACACAGUAAAAGUAGUCGUUAAGAACGUGCCAGACUAUGGAGCAUCAAGGGAAAGAAAUGAUCUUGGUUUCCUCACUUUCGAUCUCAAGACGGACCUCUCUCACCUGUUCAACUGGAACGUGAAGCAGUUGUUCCUCUACCUCACGGCUGAAUACAUCACACCAAACAAUGAAUUAAACCAGGUUGUUCUGUGGGACAAAAUCAUCCUCAGAGGGGAAAAUGCUAUCUUAGAUUUCAAGAACAUGAACACGAAAUACUAUUUCUGGGAUGAUGGCAAUGGCUUGAAGGGUCACAGCAACGUUACUCUAACUCUAUCAUGGAACAUCAUCCCCAACGCAGGUCUGCUGCCAAACAUCCAGGCUCUCGGUCAACACUCCUUCAAGUUCCCCACAGAUUAUACUCAAACAAGAGUAUGAUCCAUAAGUUACAUUUGAAUAUUGCAGUUUGCAUAGCUGGGGGUUCAGAUAGAGUUGUGUUAUAAUAAGAUUGUCUAAUAUACUGCUUUGUCACAUCUGUGGGUUUUAUUUAUUACUUUCUUAUUAACAUUGUACAUAUUGAAACUUUAUUAUAGCAACUUGUAGAAAAUUUAGAUUGACUGUGUAACCAUGACUUAAUUUUUGCCUAAUUAAAUAUUGUAUCUGUGGGGUGGACAAAAGUGAACAGUGAAGUGAACUCAGCCAGGAUUGUACCAUAAUAAUAAAAUAUAUAAAGUGCUAAUUUAAAGAAAUAGUAGUUGUUAAUCAAUUUCCAAAAUAUGUGUAGCAUUACAUUAAUAGUUAUGGUAAAUUUGUGACUCAUUACAUUCUUAACUAUUAAGAUUGAAAAAAUAUUUGUUAAUAAUAAAGUGAUAAUCGAUA